ACGUGGGUGCUGUGACAACGCUCACAUGGCAGGAUAGUGCAUAAAAAACUCACGUCAGUCUUAAUUGUUGUUUGUAUAUAACAAAAUGGGUAAAAAGCGGCGCAACGACGAGUCUGCUGAGUCAGACACUCCGCGGAAAAAAGAAACGAUUCCGGAGUUCAAUGGGACAGUUUUUAAAGCCAUGCUGAAGGACCCGACUAUAGCCAUGAAGGGACUGGAGAAGUUUAUAUCGACAGCUAAGAAGUUGCCACGGUCCGACCUGUACGAUGUGGUUGAAGGUUAUAUUAAAAUCUCCAUGGAGUGUGCAGAGAUCUUCAAAUUGCUCGAAGGAGAAAAACACGUAGAGAGUGAGAUGAUGCUGAUUUUUGGGAGCCUGGAGGCGAUCCUUCUAAGGACAGCCAGUGACCUCUCCCAUUUCAACAUGGUCGGCAAUGCCAUUGUGAAGAAGACCGUUUUCAGCUACAUGAAACUCCUGCAGGGGUCUUUCCGUUCAGCAAACCACAGGUUCAUCCGCCAGUGUCUCGGUCUUCUGUGCGCCUUGGUCACCCAGGGUCCAGAAGCUGCCAGAGAGGUCUUAAGUCACCUUCACAUUAACAAAUUUCUGUCUGGAUUGGCAAAGAUGAAGGAUAAGCAGGGUAGACCUGAUGUCCGCCAGGCUUUUAUCCAGUUUGUGCUCUCUUUUGUGGUGUCUGGUGAUAACACAACAGUCGGACAAAUAUUAGAAAUCAAAGAACUCCUGCCAGUGAUCCUGAAUACAGGUCUGAAGGAGGACCGGAUGUCCACAGUCAACCUGAUUUUGUCCACAUUAAAAACUAAAGUUGUUCUAAACAAAGCCAUCAGUAAAACACAGAAAGUACGUUUCUUCACACCUGCUGUGUUGGCCAGCAUUGCGUCGCUGUAUAAAUGGAAUGGGAUUGCAGAUGCAACCGUGGAUGAUGACAGAAUGUCGGAAAACACUGAGCUUUCUGGGAUGACAGUCAUCCGGGAACUCGCUCACAGUUUCCUGCUUGAUCUGUGUUGCUCCCGUAAGCAUGGUAUCAGCUUUCAUGAUGUCAGCUUUGGCACAGCUGGCAGGCCUGGUAACAUUGUUUUGCUCCAGUUUUUGGUGGGGCUGAAACAGGCGACUGAGGAUGAACUGGUGGCAGAUCUGGUGGUGAAUGUGCUGAAAGCUACCCCCGAUAUUUUGUCCAGAUACUUCAAGGAGACUCAGUAUGCAUAUGCUCCGCGCCUCAAAACUACUUGGCAAGACAAUGUGAAGCUUCUUAAAAAGAUCUACGAGGCCCAGCCAGAGAUUUCCACAGUCUUUCAAACUCAGGAGGUCAUCCCUCUGCCUCGCCUGCUCUCCAUGGUGAUGGUGAUAUCUCUUCCUCCAGUCUGCAACAAGAGCUUCUUCACACAGGGCCUUAUUCUUGCUAAUACAGGAGCACACCUUACAACCCUGUCGGUGGUCAAUUUCAUCUUGAAAAGAGCCAGUAAGAACAUAGAGUAUCUUUUGGAUAAGUCUGUGUGGUGCAGCUCAGACCUAUACACUGCUGAGAUGAUGGAGGAUUUAGUGCAGCAGUACAGGGAGAUGCUCGGCAAGAUUUUGCCUGACAUGACAAGCAUAAUUGAAAAGUGGCAGUCACUUAGCAAGAAGGAAAAAGCUGGCUCUGAAGAAAAAAAGGAUAAAAGCGAAGGGGAUGCUAAACUGACUAAAUGCAAAGUGCCUGCUGAAGAUACAGCUGAGGUCAUUUUGCUGAAGGCUCUGAUUCUUCAGCUCAUAUGCCUUUACCAGAAAGUGGUGCCGCAUCUGGUUAGCCAGUGCAAAUUUGACUUCAGCAAGCUUUUAAAGGGCAUUGUGUCAGAGAAAGGAAUAAAGGAGGAAAUCCCCCCAGUUUUGCAGCACCACGUACUGCAGUUGGCCUUGGAUCUUCCCGCAAGCAAAUUCUCCUGGUUCCGUAUGCAGGGUGCUGCAGAUAAAGAUUCAUCAUCUGGAGAGAAAUCGGUAUUUUACCUGCUUCUCAAGAUGUUUGUGAGCAGCAGCAGCAGCCACCUGAAAGCCUCCACACAGAUGCUUGUUCUAAAAGUACUAAAGGACACUGGUGUGUUCGAGCACACCUGGACUGAGCUUGAGCUCUGGCUUGAACAGCUGGCUAGACUAGAGCCAAACCAGCAAGAAACUGUUAUUCAGUUCUUGGAGCGGGUGUUGGUUAAACUGGUGUGCAGUUCCUAUGAAUACACAGAUAAAGUGGCCAGCCUGGUCCAAGAAGCAGGUUAUCUGCAAGCGAAUCUGAGUAGCCAGGAGGGUGACACAGCCAGUGUCCCAGUUUCUCACAUAGAUGAUGUCAUAGACAUGCUCGAUGUCAUUAUGGAGGCCAGUGAUGGUGAGUUGGAGGAGUUCGGCCCAGCUGUAAGUGAAGAUCUCAUCAUGCAAACCUUCCCCUUCAGUGCCCUGGUACCCGCUACCCUGGAGGCCCGAAACAAGCUACCAGCAGAUAGUGGGAUGGUAUAUGAAUACUUGGCUGCAGUGCUCUCAGAUGUGCUGCACUGUCAGAGAGAGCCGCUCCCUCUCUGUCUGGCUCUGCUGCAGUACGAUAAAGAGUUUGUCUCCUCUGAAUGCUGUACCUCUCCUCAUUCAGCCAUUGUAUGUUUUCAUCAGUAUUACUCCAAGUGGCUACCACAGCAGUGCCGUGAAGAAUUGUUCCAGUCUUCUGAAUGCCAUGCAAAAGGAUUAUCAGAUCAAACAUCAUACACUGCACUGAUGAAAGCUGCCUACAUCCAAGGUCCAGACACUUUGCUUAAGGAUACCUUCAGGAAAAGUGCAGAAGAAGCUCUAGCUUCCUUUUCUCUGGGAGAGUUUCCAGUUGCAAUCAAGCAGAUAUUACUCUACAUCAGAUCAACUGUGGAAAACUUUGGAACGUUCUCUAAAGACGUAGGAGCUUCCAUGUUGAGGACCUUCAUGGAAAUACUUGAAAAGAUGGUGAUCAAGCUCCAAGGCUUUCAGGAGGCAAAAAACUCUGAACCAGCUGUAGUGAAAUCCCAAGAAGGAUCAGACCUCUUUCUGGAACUUAACCAGUCCUCCACAGUUGAAGUUAAUAUUCAGCAGAUCCUUCUUUCAGCUCUUGGCUCCAUCUUCAAGCAUCCAUAUCUGGAGCAGUGGUUUCUGGCUCUGGAGCUAUCUGCCAUGCCUCCUCACUCUCUAAACCCUGUCAGACUUAAGCAAUUGUGUUCACUGAUGACAGAUAAUAUUCUGGUCCUCCUGAAGCUCUGUGCCCCUGUUCUUCAAGAACUAAAUCAUCUAGAGCUUCUGAGGAGUUACAUGGGAGCUUUAGAAAGAGCUGCUCUUCAGGAAUUGGUGGAGAAGGGCUCUAAACCGGCAAAGAAACACUCCAGAACUUUCCAGAGCCUCCUGUCUCUGCACAACUACAUGGAUUCCAGUAAUUUGAGGGAAGUUGUCUCCAAGUUGCUUCUCCUCCCACACAACAGCCUCAUCUCCCCCAGUAGCAGUAAGGGGGCAAAUUUUGAGCUCAGCAUUUACGGUCAGGCAGCUCUACAGAUCCUCACAGAGUGUAAAUAUACGGCCUCCCAGGACCAUGGCACAUUUCUGACACAGGCACACCUCUUUGGUCUGGGCACACUGCUGCUGUCCUGUUCCAAGCCUGCACUGGAGGCAUUCUUGCUCCAGUUUCUAUCCAGUGAGCCAAGCAGUGCAAAGCUCCUCCACACAGAUGUGCUGUUGCACUGUCUCCAAAGACCACUCUCAGACUCUCUGGCUAUCAGCUCUCUCCUGCUGCAGAACUGCUCCACUCACCGGCUCCGGUUUGAGAUGUGGUGUCUUGAACCUGAAAACAUGGAGAAGCUUUCUGACCAAUCAGAAGCCUUCCUUCCACUGAUUAAUAUGUACUUACGUGUGGCAAGCAGAGAGGACCCAGCCAGACCCAAAGAUGUGCAAAAAGACAUUUUGAAAGCCUUGAAGCAAGUGUUGCUUGCCAAGUUCUCCCAGUGUGUUCUGGGAAACUUGACAGAGGAGUCCGGAGCCCAGCUUACGGAAACUCUAGGCAGUUUGAUAAAACUCUCUGCAAACAGCAAGGACAUCAGGGAUUUGAUCAACAGUCUUCCCAGUGCUCUUCAAAAUGUGGACAGUUUUGAAAGAUGGCAACUAGUAGAUGUUAUCAGUGACAAGCUGGCUGAUUGCCCAGAAGAACAGGAAAAAUGGAGGAAGUCUGUCGCCACUGCAGCUAUCAAGUGUCUCAUUGCCUCUUACAGUCACUCGAAAGAUCAGGCUACUUCCCCAUUAGAGCAGGAGCACAGCAUCUUAAAAAGACUACAGCGAGUCCUAAUAUCGAAAGAAGACAUCACUGCAUCUGAGUGGAACAAUUUUGUCAAAAAUGGACUAAAGUAUGCACAGAUCAUCAGGGUGUUGUGUCAGGCUGCUCAUGUGACCAAAGCGGCGCAUAACCUCACCAAGACCUCUGGGCUCCUAACCUGGAUAAUGCAAAUAGUUGAAAAAAGGAAUCUGGAUUGGCAGCUGCUGUGCGCCAUCAUCGAUCUGUUUCAUGUGCUGUGGUUUACGGCCCUCGGGCAGAAGGAGAAGCAGGUGGAUGAAGCAAAGACCUCCUUAUCUGCUGAGGAGAAACCUCAGAGCUUUGUGAAAUGUCUUCCUCCGCCACUCAUCAGUGAAUUCUUAUGUGUGGCGUCAACUAUCACGAGACAUCUCGGGUUGGGUUUGAAGGCUGCUCAGCUCAGCUUGUUUCUACAGACUAUUUGCUCUGUGCUGAAGCAUCGUGCGACUGCUCUCCAUGUAAGCAAACAGGCAGACCGGCUCACGCUCCACCCACAGCCUCUGUCCUGCACCGAAGCCCUCGCUCUGCUUCACUGCUGGGCCUCCUCGUCCCACAAUACAGAACUUCUUACCCAAAUACAAGCCUUGUCAGAAAAGCACAAAGUGAAGGAGGUGAUGGGGAUGAGAAAGGAUAAGGCCCGAGUUAAGAGCUCCCUUUCCCACGUCUAUAUGCGAAAAGAAAAGUUGGCAGAAGACACAGAGACCGAAAAUGAAGAUAAGAGUCUUCUGACAGAGUGUAAACUUUACCUCACCAAUAUCUUUGUUCACUGGGAGCCUGCUUUCCAACUCUCUGAACCCCAGCCAGCUCUGCCAACAGACAAGCUGGAUCCCAGCUGGCUGACCAGGAUUACUGCGCACCUGGUUACAAAGUGGUCCCUGAGGUGCUUGGUGGAGGACUCGUAUGAUGAAAACAGGGCAAAAGAAUUCUUGCUCUGGCUUGAAAAGGCUGUGAUCAAACACACAAAAAUUGCGGAUGUUGUGCUGCUUGAUCUUGGCUUGAAAGCGGACCUCCUUCGGCUCUACCAUCAGGCCUUUGAAGCUCAGUGUCACUCCAGCAUUUCAGCAAGAGCAGGAACCUUACAGCUUUUCACCAAGAUUAUGAUCUCCUUGCUAGAGAUCCAAGGCAACCUUCCAGAGCUGCAUCAGGCAGUUGUCUCUGCUUGCAUCCCAGAGGCCACACUUGAUCAGACUAGACUUGAAGCAGGAUUGUCUCUGCUGUCACUGUACAUCCAUGAGGUGUGGAGUGGAGCCACAUCGGCUGAUCUCUUCCUGUCUCAUGUCAGUUUGGUGACCGGAGCCAAAUGCAAGAAAGUGAAAUCAUCCCAGAAGAAAGCAGACAUAAGAGACAUCUGUAAUGACAUCAUCACCAUGAAGAGUUAAAUAUAUAAAUUAUAUGUGAACACUUAAUGUGUUCUUUAAAAUAGACCAAAUGAAACUUCACAUACUUCUGUUCAGCUGCAUUUAUUUUCUGUAAAUGGACUUAAAAUAUUUUGUAAACUUUUGUAAAACAGUCUUGUCAUAAAAUGUUGAUUUACAAAUCUGUUGUUAAUUUGAACGUUAUUUUAAACUCAUUAACCUCAAGUGUGCGUGCAAGUGUGUGUCUUCAAUCACCGUUUUUUGUUUUUUUUUUUGGAAAUUUGCUGCUUUAUUAUUCAUUUUCAGUCCAGUCUUUGUACCUAAUAUUUUUAUAGGAAUAUCUUUUGUUAAGCCACCUAAUUCUGACCUAUGAAUCUUUCAAGUAUAAAGAAAAUUCACUUAAUGAUAAACUAGUGUUGGCUAAACAUAACAAACAACUUGACAAAAGACUCAUUUUAAAUUGUAUCUUUAAAAAAAAUUGGUACUUCUGGUUUUGUGUGUAUUUAUUGUCCUUGUAUUGGGAAGUCACAAAGAAGGAAGAGCAUGUGGAUGGAAGCAUAACUUAUGUUAAGCUAUGGUUUGUUUGCAGGUGGAAUUCUUGAUAUUGUUUCCUUUAGUGUAAAACUAAAGACAUAUGUAUCAAAAUAAGA